ACAAGAAACGGCAGACGCCGUGAUUGUCUAAGCCACAGUCAGUCAGGAUUAUCUUGUCUAUUGGAUUUUGCGGCGGUGGAUGUGAUGGAGGUCGACAGUGACUCUGAGCUCAGUGAAAUUGUGGAGUUUGAGGGAUACACGUACGAGAAAAAAUGGGUGGGUGACACCGGUGACUGGGCGCUGUGGAAUUGUGCGAAACGUGGCUGCACCGGACAAGUGGCUAUGACUGCCGUUCGGAAAAAACGGUGGCGGGGAAAGCGGAUCGUCGUGCUCCGUGAUGUCCCUGGCAAACGGUUAAGGGCGUUCGUAUCACGGCGACCGCACAAUCACGAGCCUUUGGCGGCGAACGGUAAAGAGAUAUCUAAUCAGAUUGAGACGACGGCUGCAAUAGCCGAACCGACGACGACGACAAGGUCGCCUUCUACGAGCAGUAUGAGCUUAACUGACCCAUCGGCUAUCCCAAGUUUCAAAGUUUUAAAUGAAAUUGAUACAUUUCAUUCGUCUGAAACAAAAUCAUUAAAUUCACUCACAGAUGUUGAAAAUACUUGUUCCAUUAAUCUUGAUAAUCUAUCAAAAAGUAUGGAAACGGUCGAACAAACAGUAAAUAAUUUUAAUGAUGGUAUUAAAAUGCCAAAUGGUAUAAUAGAAUUAAAAGUAGUCAAACCUAUAAGUCUUAUUGAUCACAAUGCAAAUUCAGAAGAAAGAUAUUUAAAAGAUAUUAGUGUUACAACUAAUGGUACUAAUAUUAUUGAAAAUAUAGAAAAAAAUGAAGUUAUGCAAAUUAAACAUAGUAAUUCAGAAGAUAUGUCUUCUUAAAAUAAAAAUGAGGAAAUUUUGUGUCAUGUGUGCAACACAUUUUUUUAUGUAUGCUAUUAUAAUCAACAUGUUCAAACCACUAAACACUUAAGUGCGUGUGAAGAAUAUUUUAAAGACCGUAUUGAUUUUGAAAAUUAUAGAAUAUUUUCGUGUUCUGUUAGUGCUACUAUAGCAGAGUUUUUUAAAUCUAUCAAAGAGGAUUUUACCAUUUUAGUAAACCACCUACUUUUAGAAAACAGUGCACUUGUGAUAAAUGUAUAUUUUUUUGCGCUUUAUCAUGAAGAUAGCUCGGUUAUAGAAAACAAAAAUAUAGCUGAAGUAAAACACUUUGAUGUAUGUAAUAAGGAAUUGACCAAGAACACUGAUGUAUAUGAGUUGUACAAGGAUAUUGUCAAUUCAUUUUUAUUUCAAAGUGAUGCGUUAAAAACUUCAGAAUCUAGUUGGACUCUGGAAGAAACGCUUUAUGUCGAAAUAACUAUAGUGAAAAAAUUAUAUGAAAAUGAAAUUGCAUCAAAAUCACUUGUUGAGAACAGUCAUAAUAACGAAAUUAAUGAUAAUAACAUUAACACUGAUAAUCUUAAAAAAACUGAACCCUUGCAGCUGAUACGAUGUAAACAAUGUUGUAUUUACAUAAUUCAAAAAAACUAUGAGUAUCAUCUUAAGACAACUGCGCAUAAAAUAUCACUUUUUUAUUUGAACAAUGAAAAAAUACAAAUAAAUGGAGUUCAGUGUGACAGCUGUUUUUUAAGUUGUCGAAUACUCUCGCCAGAACAUGUUUCAAUUGAUCAAUUUUUCCAAUCAAUUGAGUCUGAUGUGUUGGAGUUAAUUGCUAGAAUUAUACAAUUUCAAAACAAUGAGCCGGUCAAUGUUACUAUAAAAUUAUUUGGUCUUUAUAAUAACAGUUUAAUGAGUAAGACUGAUAACUUAGGUGAUGUCAAAUCUUUUUUUAUAAGAAAUCAGAUUCUUUCGGAAGUUACAAUUUUGCUUCUUUGGUUUCAACAAAUAUCAAAUACAUUGAAGUCUCAUCACCAAAACUAUUUAAAAUCCAUGCCCCAAUCCUAUUAUUUAGCUCGUGUUAUGUUUUUAGACCUAUGUUUUUAUGAAAUGACUAAUAUUUAAGAGACUUAACAUUGAAUGUUAUAUUUUUGUUAUUAUUUGUAUAAGAUAAUU